UUUGUUGUAAAAGUUAUCAUAACAACAAUUAUUUCAUCACCGGACGUCACUGCCAUGCUACCUGCAUGUCGGAAAUAAAUCCCUGGUGGGACUAUGGUUUUAGAAAAAGUUUUAUGGGCAUUGCAUUAUUAUAACCAAUACAAUCCUGAUUUUGGUAUUAAUGUAAUGAUGUGACCCAAUUAUCUUAGUAAAUAUGGUCAAUAGAAGUAAAAGAGGAGAACCAUAAAGUUUAUAGGUUAUGAGUCGAAAAAUAAACUCUUAAGCAAUUAAUUGCUCUUAUCUAUUAUUUUAUGAAAAUUGUUUUCGACUUUAUUAUCAAUAUUAUUCCGAACUGACCUAGCUUGACCUAAUCCGAAUAUUACCAUGGGUGCUUAUUUUCGUUAUUUAAAAUAUUUUUAUACAGAUUUGAAGACGAUUAACAACUCGAGAAAAUCUCGGUUUUAAUUCGAUUUUGCCAUGGGUUCGUACAGUACUUUAAUUGUUACAACCUUUUUUCUUGUGCAACUGCAUUACACAUUUAGUCAAGUUCUCUAUUUUCAACCGGAACAAAUACAUAUCUCAUACGGACGAACUACAAAACAGAUUGUAGUAACAUGGUCUACUUUUAAUAAUACGGAGUCAAUUGUCGAAUAUGGCAUUGAUGGUCUUGUUUUAAAAGUAAAUGGUUCUUCCAAAAUAUUUGUAGAUGGUGGAUAUUCAAAACAUACACAGUACAUACACAGAGUAUUGCUGGAUAAUUUAUCUAGUAAUAGCAAAUAUUUAUAUCAUUGUGGAAGUGAGAAAGGUUGGUCAAACACUUUUUGGUUUAAAACACCACCCGAAGAUGAUCAAUGGUCUCCAAAUUUGGUAAUUUAUGGGGAUAUGGGUAAUGAAAACGCCCAAUCUUUGGCAAGAUUACAGGAAGAGACCCAGAGGGGACUGUAUGAUGCUGUUUUGCAUAUUGGAGAUUUUGCAUAUGAUAUGGAUAGUAAUAAUGCUGAAGUUGGAGAUGAAUUUAUGAGGCAAAUAGAGAGCAUAGCGGGAUAUUUGCCUUAUAUGACAUGUCCGGGAAAUCAUGAAGAAGCUUACAAUUUUAGUAAUUAUCGUGAAAGGUUUACUAUGCAUGAAUCACCAGCAUCUCUUAUGUUUAGUAUAGAUAUAGGCCCUGCACAUAUUAUUUCUAUAUCAACCGAAGUAUAUUAUUUCUUAAAUUACGGAAUAAAGCCUCUAGUUUUUCAGUAUGAAUGGCUUGAAGAAGAUUUAAUUCGAGCAAAUUUACCAGAAAAUCGGAAAAAGCAUCCAUGGAUCAUUGUGGUAGGCCAUCGUCCAAUGUAUUGCAGCAAUUCAAACACUGAUGAUUGUACUAAUCAUGCCACAUUUACUAGAAUUGGAUUACCAUUUCUCCGUUGGUUUGGUUUAGAAAAAUUGUUUUACAAUUAUGGUGUCGACUUAGAAAUUUGGGCACAUGAACAUUCUUAUGAAAGAUUAUGGCCUAUCUACAAUUAUACUGUCUAUAAUGGCAGUUUUGAACAACCUUAUGUUAAUCCAAAGGCUCCUAUUCAUUUUACAACAGGUUCUGCAGGUUGCAAAGAGGGAAGAGAAAACUUUAAUGACACAAGACCCAUUUGGUCUGCUUUUAUAAGCAGAGAUUAUGGUUAUACAAGACUUAAAAUUUACAACUCUACACAUUUAUAUUGGGAACAGGUUUCCGACGACAAACUUGGAGAAAUUAUAGACCACGUUUGGGUUGUAAAAUACAAACACGAACCUUAUUCAAAUUUAUAAUUUUUAAGGUUAGGGAAUAAUGACCACAUAUCUCUGCUAGAAACAUUAUACAUUUUAAGUUCAAGCUUUGGAGAUUUACUGCUAUUGAUUGUAAAAGAUUCAUGUAUGGUAGAAAGUUAAGGGUAAACUUUUACCUAUUACAUUAUAAUCGACUAUAUGUAAUUGAAAAUGCAUUUACUUAUGUAAGACUGACACAUACUUAUGUGUACAACAAUUAUUUGUACCUUUUUUGUUAUUGGCACAAUACACAUGAAAACAAAUUCUGGGUAAUAGACAUCAAU